AUGGGUAUGAUGUUUCGAGAUAUCAUCAAAGAUUCUAUCAACCAAUAUACUAGGAAAAAUAGUUAUGCAGCAUUUGUGAAUACAAUACAAUUACAGCAUAAAUGUUGUGGUGCAAAUUCAGUCAUGGAUUAUACUGUGAAUAAUCUCUCAAUACCAGUUUCAUGUUAUCCUGACAAAGCCAUAAUACCGCAUAAAAAUGGUUGUGCGAAAAUGCUUAACGCGAUCGUCCAAUGUCAUUUAACUUACAUCACUUCAUUACUGGUCGUGUUUUUACCGAUGGACAUAGCCUCGAUGGUUUGUGGUAUACUUAUGCUACACAAAGUGAAAUUUGUCCCAUGGAAAACAAGAUUUGCUCACUGUUGA